GAGUUGUAUACAGACCACCAAACAGCAAUGGCGAUGUUGGGAAUUGCAUCAAACAAGAAAUUAUGGAUGCGUGUAGCAAUGGUACAGCAGUUGUCAUGGGUGAAUUUAAUCUACAUGUAGAUUCAGAAUGGGAGGGGGAGUUGAAGUGCUGGGCAACCGGGAGAUCAGGUUGGUUAUUGCGAACCGAGCAGAGAUAUAAGGACUUAGUGUACACAUUGAACAGCAGUGGAGCAAGGACGCUGCCCUGAGGUUGGCCAUUCUCUUGUUUCCUCCAUCUGCUGUGUUUAUCAUUUAGCUCAACAUGGAAGCGUCUGUUUUCCAGUAGCUGUUGAAUCAGUUUGGUCAAAUCCUCUGUCAUGUCAGGGAGCUUGUUGAGAAGCAGCCCGUGGUUCACAGUGUCGUAGGCAGCUGUCAGAUCAACAAAGACAACGUCAGUUGGUUCAUUACUCUCAAAGCCGUCCUCAAUGUGCUGAGUUAGAUUGAGCACUUGACUGGCACACAAUCUCCCAGGCCGGAAGCCAGCUUGCUCUGGUAUAAGGUGUUGUUCUGUGAUUGGGCCUAGCCUGCUCAAGAUGAGGCGCUCAAAGAGCUUGAAGAGAUGGCAUAGUAGGGAGAAGCUUUUUGCUCUUUAGGGUCUUUCCCUGGCUUAAGGAUAGCGAUCACACGAGCUUUCCGCCAUAUUUUAGGUAGCUGGGAGAGGGUUACACAAUUGUUGAACAGCAAGAGGAGCCACUCUCGUGUAAUCUGCCCAAAAUGUUUGAUCUGUUCUGUGCGAAUGUCAUCAUGGCGCUGCCUUGGCGUUCUUGAGGGAAUGGAUUGGUGUCUGGAGUUCCUUGCUGUUAAAGUACCAGGUCGACUCUCUAUCACCCUGAUGCCAGAGGCUCCUUUAGUGGGGCUUCUCGUGUGGUGGUUUGCCGUUCAGAAGCAGCUGGUGAGCAACCUGAUCUGCUGUAACAUUAAAGUGCAGCGUUGCCUUCUGGGGGUUGGUGUUCAGCUUCUUGAUGGUUGCCCAAGCUCCCUUCCUGUUGUGUGUCAUAUCAACACUCUCAAUUAGUUCUUCCCAGGAUUUCCUUCGUUCCUAUGAUAUUGCUACAAUGAGCGUCUCCCGUUUUCAUAGUUUCCUCUGAGAAGGGAUCUUCCUCGUACAGUUUUGAGUUUUUCGCGUACAAUGAGGCACUGUCAGCUGAGAUUCCAGGUAUAUAGUACUCCGUACAUCCGCGUGGAAUAUACUAACUACAUACUAACUAACUAUCCAUGUUCUUCAGAGAUGCUGCCUGACCUGCUGAGUUACUCCAGCACCCCUGUGUCAGUUUCUAAAUGUUUCUCCAUUCUAUUUCCAGUCUGGUCAUGUUUUUCCCACAUUUAAUUUUUAUUUAUUAGUUACGUGAUGCAUUUCAUGCCUCCAGUUAUCUUGCUUUUCAACCUUCUCAUUCUGUUUACUCUUGCACCUUAUUUAUUUUACCUGUUGCAAGAGUUUUGGAGCAUGCCUAUUGCAAACCCGCAAGUAUAAAGUCAACUUACCGACAGCCGGAAGGUUCAGUCGUUCACUGCUCGGUUGAAAUUUGGACUUCUCCAGAUUACUGAAACACAAAUCAACUGGACAAAAAUGGAACCGCUCAAGUAUAUGUCAGGAUUUGGCAAUGAAUUUUCUUCAGAGGAUCCACGCUGCCCCGGGUCCCUGCCAGAGGGUCAGAAUAAUCCGCAAGUGUGUCCAUAUGGGCUGUAUGCAGAACAACUCUCUGGUUCAGCCUUCACUUGCCCAAGGAGCACCAAUAAGCGGAGUUGGCUUUAUCGUAUUUUGCCUUCCGUUCAUCACAGGCCGUUUACAUCUGUAGUUCAGGGCAACCUGUCCUACAAUUGGGACGAAGUUGACCCUGAUCCCAACCAGCUCAGAUGGCUGCCAUUCAAGAUUCAGAAAGCAUCGGAGAAGAAGGUCGAUUUUGUAACGGGUUUACAUACUUUAUGUGGAGCUGGGGACAUCAGAUCACGCACUGGCUUGGCUAUUCACAUCUAUACCUGCAACAUCUCCAUGGAGAACAAGAGCUUCUACAAUUCAGAUGGGGAUUUCCUUCUUGUUCCUCAAAAAGGGAACCUCUUGAUCACCACAGAGUUUGGCAAGAUGCUGGUUGAACCUUACGAGAUUUGUGUCAUUCAGCAAGGGAUGCAUUUCAGUGUGGAGGUUUUCGAGGAGACCAGAGGUUAUAUACUGGAGAUGUUUGGAAGCCAUUUUGAGUUGCCUGAUCUUGGCCCCAUUGGAGCCAAUGGCCUUGCCAACCCCAGGGACUUCAAGGUUCCUGUUGCAUGGUAUGAGAAUCGGAAUAUUCCGGAAGGUUUCACAGUCAUCAGCAAGUUCCAGGGCAAGCUUUUUGCUGCUCAGCAGGAUAUCUCUCCAUUUAACGUUGUGGCUUGGCAUGGAAACUAUACACCAUACAAGUACAAUCUGAAUGACUUCAUGGUCAUUAAUUCUGUUGCCUUUGACCAUGUGGAUCCAUCAAUAUUCACCGUGCUGACGGCUAAAUCGACCCGCCCAGGUGUGGCUGUUGCAGACUUUGUCAUCUUUCCACCGCGCUGGGGAGUAUCUGAACACACUUUCCGACCUCCUUACUACCACCGUAACUGUAUGAGUGAGUUUAUGGGACUUAUUAAGGGCCACUAUGAGGCGAAGGAGGAGGGCUUCCUGCCUGGGGGAGGGAGUCUACACAGUGUCAUGACUCCCCAUGGACCGGAUGCGGAGUGCUUUGAGAAAGCGAGCUCGGCAGCACUCAAACCGGAGCGAGUGGCCGGUGGAACUAUGGCAUUUAUGUUUGAGUCCUCUUUCAACAUGAGUGUCACCAGAUGGGGUCUGGAGAAGUGUAACUGCCUGGACAAAAGCUAUUCCACCUGUUGGCAGCCACUGAAGAGCCAUUUCAAUGCCAACGCUAAACCCAGCCACAAGUGAACCUCUGGUGCAAUAGGGUCAGGUCAAACUGUGGCCAUUGGGAAAACGAUACCAGGUGGACAGAUUAUUAGUUCCCACUGAAAAAUGAUUUUCACUUCUACUGAAAUGACUGCUGCAGUGAUUUAAAAAACCCAAUUGUAAACAUAUAGAGAGUUGAAAUGGUUCACUGUGUCCAAUCAAAUAAUAAAAUUAAUUGACUUAUUUACUCA